GCACUGGCUGGCAAGCAUAAAUAUAUCGAUAUGAAUUAAAACACGCGAGAGCCAAUGUUGCUGGUCACUUCGUCGUCGCUGGAGGUCGGGGUCGAGUACUUGCGACUGCUUUCCAUGCGCGCUUUGACGACAGCUAUGCGGCGCUGCAGAGGCGUCAAAUCGACGUCCCCGCCACGCUCCGCCAGGGAGUACUCCGUGUGGCUCGAAGACUGCCUGAUACUUUGGAUCUUGUUGCGUAUCGAUGCUUCGUCCACUGCAUGCACGCGCGCUGGCGGCGGCAUGACGCCACCGCCUCGAAUUGCCCGAGGAAGCGCCAGCAGCACGUCCGUGUGCCCGAACGCAGCGGCCAGUGCACGGAUGUUUUCGCCCUUGGCGUUCGUGUGGCUAACGCUAGCCCCCGCGGCCAAGAGAGCGUCAACGACCAUAGCAUGGCCGUGGAUUGACGCCAUGCCGAGCGGCGAGUUGCCAUCGCGAGUACGUCCAGCGUUGGCAUCCACUCCUUGGUCGAGAAGGUACUGCACCACUUCGAUGUGCCCGCCAACGGAAGCAACAAGGAGCGGUGUGACAACGUUAAACUCGAAUCCCUCUGGGGGAGACGACGAGGCGGGUGCCGGGAUACGAUCCUCAACUUCGGUGACGUCCAAGUUUGUGAGUCGACACAUCGUGCGGAUAAUGUCAAGGUUGGCUCCCUGGACGGCAGAAUUGACGAACUGAUGGCGAAGGCCAUGGUGUGUCGACAAUAAGCGGUCGGCGAUGGCGGACCAGUUGGCGAUGACGACGCGAUCAAACACGGCAAAGUCUCCAGUCACGCACACGUUGGUCACGAUGGCUUCCACGUCCGCGGACGGGGCUGUGGUGAUGCUGAUCUCAAGGAUGCGGACCGCUUCUUCGUCCCCGCGCGCAGCAGCGAUCGCGAGGUCGCUCGACGACCUUGCACGACGAUCGGGGGCACUUGGCAUGGUUGGAUGACUUGUGUCAAAAGACCGC